CUCUUUUUUGUAUUAUCUUUUUUUUUUUUUUAAUUCACUUCUUCUUAACAAAAUGGCAGCUUACGACCUGUCAACAGUCCUCGGCCAGCAUCUCGACCGGCACUUGGUCUUGCCACUCCUUGACUUUUUGCAGACCCGCGGCAUCUACGCCGACGAGGAAAUCGCGCGUGGAAAGCUCGAUCUGAUCUCGUCAACAAAUAUGGUCGACUUUGCCAUCGACAUUUACAAGACCAUCCAGCAAACCGAGGAGGCACCGGCAGACCUCGUCGAGAAGCGCGAAAGUACGGUGGCACGCUUGAAAGUGCUGCACAACUCCGCCGAGCCCGUGCUCAACCUCUUCCAAAACGAGGAGGUGAUCAAGCAGCUCCGCCAGGACAAGCAACACAACCUGCAGUACUUGCAGCAGCACCACCAGUUCCAGCCUGAAAUGCUGGACACGCUAUACGAGUACGCCAAGUUCCAGUUUGACUGCGGCAACUACACUGGCGCUGCCGACUAUCUUUACCACUUUAAUCUGCUGUCCACCGACACCGAGCGGACGUUCAGCGCACUUUGGGGCAAGCUUGCUUGCGAGAUUCUUUUGCACAACUGGGAGACUGCUCUUGAGGAGAUGACUCGCCUGAAGGAAAUUAUCGACUCACGGACAUUCGCAACACCACUGCUCCAGCUCCAACAACGAACGUGGCUUAUUCACUGGUCUCUGUUUAUUUUCUUCCACCACCCCCGAGGGCGUGACGGUAUUGUCGACCUCUUCUUCCAAACACCCUACCUCAACGCAAUCCAGACAACUUGCCCACACAUGCUGCGCUACCUCGCCACCGCUGUUAUUACCAACAAGCGCCGACGCCCGAUGCUGAAGGAUCUUGUGCGAAUCAUCCAACAAGAGUCGUACACGUACCGAGACCCCAUCACCCAAUUGCUCGAGUGCCUCUAUGUCAACUACGACUUUGACGCUGCACAGCUUGUGCUGCGCGAGUGCGAGAAGGUGGUCAACAACGACUUUUUCCUGUGCUCGCUGCUCGACGACUUUAUCGAGAGCGCACGCAUGCUCAUUUUCGAGACGUACUGCCGCAUCCACGAGGUCAUUAGCAUUGGCCUGCUCGCCGAGAAGCUCAACAUGACUGCCGACGAUGCCGAGCGAUGGAUUGUCAACCUCAUCCGCAACGCCAAGAUGGACGCCAAGAUUGACUCGCAACUCAGCCACGUCGUGAUGGGCGCCCCCACCAAGAACAUUCAUCAGGAUAUCAUCGAAAAGACCAACAUUUUGUCCUUCCGAGCGCAAUUGCUGUCCUCUGCCCUUGACAAGUUGCCUUCCGACAGCCAAAAAGUACAGGAUCCUGCCGACCUUUAAUGCUGUGAAUGUUGCAUUGUAGUCUUGGUGUGUUGUUGUGCUUGUUGCUUUUUGAGAUCAAUGUACUAGUAGCUGGUUUUUGCUUUUUAAAUUUGGA